AUGGCCGCGGAUCGUCCGGAGGAGACCAACGAGGACGCGAAUUCUAAUACUUGCGAUCACGAGGCGUUGUUGUUGAGAACAACAAGGCUUCCGGAGUGUCCUUCGGAGGAGCGAGAAGAGGAAACAGCAGCGGCGCUGAAUAAAAAACAACAACCAAAGAAGCAAAUUUUAACGCAUGUUUUGCCAAAGACUUUGGUGGAAAAGACUUUACCUAUUCUGCGCCUGUCUGGAUUGACGCAAUUUAUCGUCGGUUCCGGAGCGGUCGGGUUAGCGGUUGGUCUCGUCGUCGGUGGGUGCAUUAAAGACGUGGUGGAUUCGUUCACGUCGGCGUUUAUAUCGCCGUUGAUUGCGUUAAUCGGAGGGAAAAGAGAGAUUGAGGAUUUGUACUUCUCAACCGGGGGGACUCGAUUUGAGUACGGCGCGUUCCUCGGCGUCAUGUUGGAGACGUUUUGUACGUUGUUUUUCGUGUAUUAUUUGAUCGUGGUACCGAUGAACGCGUUGACGAGCUUUAAGUACGGGCCUUUGGUGAAGUGCGACGAGUGCGCGUCUUGGAUUAAAGAGAGCGCGAAAAAGUGCCCGCAAUGUUGUUCGUAUUUGGACGAGAGACGCAAACAGAAUUUGGCGAAUUCCGCGAAAGAAGAAUCGAGACCUCCUCGGAUGCGUCACUCGCGAAGUUUGAGCGACGAAUUGAUGCGAUGGUAA